AUGGGACUCAAGGACAAGAUUAAGAGAGGUUCGAAAAUUUUCAUCAACGACCCCAAUGGCAACGCCGCCAACGGGUCUAGCAAGACUGAUGCUCCAGAGGCAGUUGACACUGCCGAGGGGGCUAAAGACUCCGCCGCUGUGGACGAGGUAGACUCGGAGGCUGUCAAGACCAAGGCCAAGGAAGAGGCCUCUAAGAAUAUCGAGGAGGCUACCAACAAUGUCGAGGCCGAGGCCAAGGAGGGCGCCAACACCGCCACCGAGAACGGCGAGAAUGCUGCGAAGGAAGUGUCUGAGACAGCAGAGACCACGGGUGCCGAUGCAGAGGGUGAAGCCACAAAGGCCACCGAGGCCUCUAAGGACGCCGCUGCCGAUAUCCCCACCACCACCAAGGAGAAGGCUGCCCAGGGCGAGAAGGCCAAGAAGGACGUGAAGGACUCCUCUUACAAGAACGACAAGAAGGACUUCCUUAAGCGUUUGAUCGGCAAGUUCAAGAAGAACAAGACCGAAAAGCCUGCUGCCGCUGCCGCUACUGCGGACUCCGAGACGGCUGAGGAGGCCAAGGAGUCAAACUUGAGCACCGACGCCGCCAAGACUGCCGCCGCCGCACCAGCUUCUGAGGAGGCCGCUACCACCUCUAAAGAUGCCACCUCUGCCGCUGCCGCUGCUGCCUCUGAGUCUAAGGAUGCCAAUUUGCCUGCUGUCGAGAAGGUGAAUGACGAGGUCCAGGCUGCUGCCAAGGCCCUCGGUGAACAGACCGAGGAUAAGGUUGCCGCCACCAAGGAGGCCAUUGCGGCCAAGUAG